UUAAGAACUAGGUAAAAACUGAAAACUGGAUGACGUCACACAUGCGCAUGCGCAUCACAUACCAGUUCUCAUUAAACAAUCAUGGCGAUCACACGCGUGUUAAUUGUCGUGGCAUUUGCAUUAUUUUCGACUGUUCAGUGCAAAGUUUUCACAAGAUGUCAGUUGACAAGGGAAUUUUUGAAAACUAACUUCCACCAGAAGACUUUUCUCAGUAACUGGGUGUGUCUAGUAGAGCAAGAGAGUAACCGGAAUACAUCAGCACACGUUGUCAAGACCUCGAGAAAGCAGUAUUAUGGAUUAUUUCAAAUUGGCAGCGAAUGGUGUAAAGAAGGUCGUAAAGGAGGAAAGUGUAACAUAGCCUGCGAAUCUCUCCUAGACGAUGACAUCAAAGAUGACUGCACUUGCGCCUUACAAGUAUUUGAACAGGAAGGCUUUAAAUACUGGUCUAAGUGGGAAAGUAGAUGUAAAGGCGAACGUUUGCCUGACAUCGAGAAAUGUCCAGAUUGGCAGUAUCCCCCAAGAGCAUCACCAGACCGCUUCAAACGUACCCCAAGAAGAUCCGGACUACCAUUGGACACUGCACCGUACAAUUUAUUAAAUAGGCUUAUAAGACUUAAAGAAUAUGAAGCUAUGAAUAAUAAAAUGUAAAAGAGUA